CAGCUUGAGUUUUGUAUAGUAUUUCAUUCUUUAAUUAAAAAAAAAAAAUUUUGUUUUUAACACAUGUGACCUGGCACUGUCCUGAACCUGCAUUCUCUAUUUUUGUUAAGUUUUAAAAUUCUUUUAUGUAUACCUUAAAUUAGACAUUAUAACUGUUGUUUUAUAUUGUUUACCUUUACACAUAUAUUAAUCAAGUUAUUUGAUCACCAUGUUCACUCACUUCUUACAGCUUUUAAGGAAAUAUUCCCUCUUGUUUGGCAUGAUUCAUUAAGAAAUUCUUUUUGAAAGCUUGACAAACUCCUUUACUUUUUAUCUGCAAAUGUCUUUGUUUUGGCUUGCUCUUGGGGAGUAAUUUCCCCUUUCUCUCAAGGUAUACCAUUACCAUUUAGGUGAGUAGUUAUUUUCUCUUAGCAUUUUGAAGGUAUUAUCUUCCAGCUUCAUUUGAGCUAUUGAGAAGUCAUCUAUCAAUCUAAAUGUCAUUUCUUUGUAAGUGAUCUAUCCUUUUACUUGGGUAGUUUUUAACACCUCUUUCUCUUCUUGUACUUCAGUUUCAGUAUAAUACAUCUGGAUUAUAUUAUAUAUAGUAUGGAUUUCUGUUUAUUUUCAUUUCUUUCUUGUAUCUGUGGAUUCAAGUCCUUGAUCUAUUGUGGAAAACUAUUAACCAUAUAUAUACAUUUGAUUGUUAUUUCUUUUUCAUUCUUUCUAGCCUUUCAUUAUUGUGCCAAGUUCUAAGCUAAAUGAUUUGCUUAUAUUGUCUCAUUUAAUUCUCACAAGUGCACUUUUUACAUAUGAGAAUACGGAAACUCUGAGAAAGACAUUAAUUAACUUGCUCAUGGUUAUCUGCUUAGUGAACCUAACAGUCUUGCUUUGAGUGAUUGUUCUUUUUUUUAAGUUUAUUUAUUUAUUUUGAGAGAGAGAGAGGGAGGAAGGAAGGGAGGGAGGGGGGAUAGAGAGACAGAGAGAGAGGGAGAGAGAGAGAAUCCCAAGCAGGCUGUGUCCUGUUUCACAGAGCCCCAUGUGGAGCUCCAUCUCUUGAACUGUGAGAUCAUGACCUGAGCUGAAAUCAAGAGUCGGACGCUCAACUGACUAUGCCACCCAGGCACCCCUGGAUGAUUGUUCUUAACCAAAGAAUACAGUGCCCUCUUCCCUACCACCACCCCUAAAAGCCAAAAGCAAAAUAAUGAAAUGGAAAGAAACUCAGUGGUUAUCUCAUCUAACCCUGUAGGAUAUGUAGUCUUUAAACACUUUAAUAGUUUAAGAGAGAAGGCCAUUAAUAUAAUUUUGAAUACAUUGAAAUUAAGAAACUUUGGAGGCAUAUAUCUUUGAUAGUUAGCUUACUCUCAGUUAUAACAAACAUAUCCUUGGUUCAUUUUGUGCAUUUUCUUUCUUUACCUAGAAGAAAUGACUUUCAGUUGAUAGUGGUAUUAGGGAGUUUAAUCUCCCAGAGGUGUUCAUUGCUAUCUUGUUAUUACUGUUUUUAAGCUCUUUCAUUGAAUCGAAGUAGGAAAAGAUUGAGCCCCAUGUUGGGCUCUGUGCUUGUCAGCACAGAUCCUGUGUGGGAUUCUCUCUCUCCCUCUCUCUAUGCCCUUCCCCACUCAAAAUAAAUAAAUAAAUAUACAAUUAUAAAAAUAAAGAAACUGCAUGAUUUCUUAUUAGGGAAAAAGGAGAAACACUAAUUGAAAGUAACUGGUUUUUCUACAGUAAGACUGCAAAGAGUGGGUGUUUUGUGACAGUUAAAAAAAAAUCAAAUACCGUUAAGAAUUGUUAAAAUAUAGAAGCUUUUUAUCCUCUCAUAUAAGACUUUUGUAAUAUAUUCAUCAUCAUUUUCAGCUACAUUUCAUUAAACCAUACCUUUCAGCUGCAUCAUAAAAACCAGAAAAUUAAGAGUUUUUCGGGCUCUAGUUCAAAUGUAAUAUUUUAAUUUGAAUAGGCAAAAUUAUAAUUACUUUCUUAGAGUUGGGCUGUUAUUGAAUUGAUUUAUAAUAGUAUAUACAUAAUAUAAGUCUACUAGAGUAUAAGCUAGUUGGGGCAAACAUUGUGGCUUUUAAUUGUCUACAUUCCUAAUGCCUACCAAAGUUCCUAUUACAUAGGAAACCCAUAGGAAAUGUUUUAUUUACUAAAUGAAUACUCCAAAACCCUUUGUGACUAAUAUAAUUACAAGUGACACAUAACUAGAUAUGUGAAUAUUAGUCAUGUUUGUUCAUAUUAAAAGAUUCAGUUUUAUAAAGUUAUAUAGAUUUUUAUAAAAUCUUAAUCUUAGUGAAGGAACUUUAGAGAUUAUUUAGUCCAAUUCCAUGUUAAUGCUUAUAGUAAUUAAUUAAUAAAUACUGAUUUUGGAUAAAAUGAUUUGAUUUUUGUAAAAGGUAGAAUUCAAGGUAGAAAGAGAAAUUACUACCAAAAUAAAGAAAAUAGAAUUUUAAUGUAACUUACAAGCUUCUUGAACUCACAUAUUUUAGGGAGAGAAGUAGAAGACAAAAUUUAAGCAUCACAAAGGCUUCAAUCAAAGGCCAAUAACAUUGAGCAUUUUGAAAUGGGAGUUAUAGAUAGUUUAGCAUUUGUUAUUAGUCAAGUUUUUUUGUCCCCCAAGAAAUUAAUUUUUAAUCUAAUGUUCAAUAUUGAUUCUUUCUUUUACACAUAGCAGCUUUAUGAAGCUGAAAUGGGGAUUAUUUAGCAUGUAUUCAUUAAAGAAAAUUGAAGAAAUUUUCUUCUUAAGCAUGGGAUCACAUUGUCAGUGCCCUCUGUAGGCUAUGAAAUCCUAGUGGUAGGAAAUAUAUAUGUGGGUAAAUGUUAAAAGAAUAACAUUUCUAAUUUCCAAAAAAUCUAAACUUUUUUUUGUUUUGUUUUGUUUUUAAGAGAGGGAGAGAGAGAAUUUUAAGCAGUCUUCACACCCAGCACAGAGCUGACACAGGGCUCCAUCCCACAAACCAUGAGAUCAUGACCUGAACUGAAAUCAAGAGUCAGACGCUUAACCUGCUGAACCACCCAGGGGCCCCAAUAAUCUAACCUUUUAAUAAUAAAAUAAUCAAAUUUGGGAACUGCAAAAACACAAAGAAGAAAAUAAAAAAUUUCUGCAUCCCUUCCAUUUAUAAAUAAUCAUAACAUUUUGCUGUAAUUCCUUCAGUUUUGUUUUCUCUCUGCUUAUAUGUGCACGUAUGUAAAUAUUUUACAAACCUUGGAUCAUACUGUAAGAAGUCUUUUCUUCAUUGCCUUUUUCAACUUUAUGAACAUUUUUCCCAUGCCAUUUAAAUAGUUAUACAAUUUGCUGUUGAAUGCCCGUAUCAUAAAAUAUGACUAAUCUCCAACAGUUGGCCAUUAGUUAUAUAUGAUUAUAUCAUGAGUAGUGUUAUGCUGAGCAUCAUUUUGUGUAAAUUUUUCUACAUGAUUACUACUUUUUAGGAUAAAGAGAAUGGGAUUUUAAAUCAUAUGUUGAUUGUGGUACUUGCACAAUCAGCUGUACUUUUAUUUUAUCUUGCAGCUAUACUUCUGCAGCUAUACUUUUAUCUUAAAUAUUACCAAAUUAUAUCUUUAAAUAAAUAUUUAUCUUGGUGAUAAGAUUUAAUGCAAGGUUUAAAUGUAAAGAAGGAAGCUUGUAUUUCUUCAUAACUAAAAAUUUGAUUACACAUGUUAUCAUUAAUGUUUAAGAUUCCCUGAGGAGAAUAUUCUAGUACAGAGGAACAGAAGCUGUACAGUCAGGGCACAGUUAGCCCACUGUGAUAAAAUAUGACUCUGUGCUACCUUUUAAAUAUAUUAUUUGUCAUGGCCUUAGAGUAUAAACAAUUGGGUUUAUAGUAUUAGUCUAUGUGUCAGACUAAGCACCUUAAUUAGAUUAUCUCAUUUAAUUUUUACAGUGUUGUAUGAACUAUAAGUAGUAUUUUUUUUAAACAUUUUUUUUAAUGUUUGUUUAUUUUUGAGAGACAGAGACAGAGUACGAGUGGGGGAGAGGUGGAGGGAGGUAGAUAAAGAAUCCAAAGCAGGCUGCAGACUCUGAGUUCUUAACACAGAGCCUGACAUGGGGCUCGAACCCACGAACCGUGAGAUCAUGACCUGAGCCAAAGUUGGAUGCUUAACCAGCUGAGCCACCCAGGUGCCCUAGUAUUUUAUUUUAUAAAUGAGGAAUUCUGAUUGUUAGAAAUUUUGCCAGAGUUCAUACAAAGUAUAAGGGGUAAAACCUCUAUUGGAAUGUGGGAACUCUGGCUCUAAUAUCUGCAUUUGUAAACAUGUACAAUGGGAAUGUAUGUUGCUUAAUACUACUCUCUUCCUUACUCUUAAAGUUUAUUUUCUGAUAUUUAUCUCCUUUCAUGGAUUAUCUUCAUUAGCAAAAGGUGAAAAGUUUACUAUGUGUAAUAUAUAUAUGCAUACACAUGUGUGUAUGUAUUCAGAUGUGAAUAUAUACCUGCAAGCACAAUUUAAUAUUAAACUUUUGAUAUUAAAAUAAUGGGGCGCAUAGGUGGCUCAGUCGGUUACGUGUCUGACUUCGGCUCAGGUCAUGAUCUCGCGGUUCGUGAGUUCGAGCCCCGCGUCAGGCUCUGUGCCUGGAGCCUGCUUCAGAUUCUGUGUCUGCCCUUCCCCUGCUCAUGCUCUGUCUCUCUCUGUCUCUCAAUAAUAAAUAAACAUUAAAAAACUUAAAAAAUACUAAAAUAGUUACUUUGUAGAUCCUAGGUUAUAGAAUGAUAUUUAUUGAAUGAAAUCUUGUUUCUGGCUAUAAUUGAAGUAUAAUUAAAAUACAAAUUUAGGGGCACCUGGUUGGCUCAGUGGGUUAGGUGUCUGACUCUUGGUUUCAACUGAGGUCAUAAUCUCACAGUUUGUAAGUUUGAGCCCCACAUCGGGCUCUGCACUGAGGUGUGUGGAGCCUGCUUGGGAUUCUCUCUCUCUCUUUGCCCCCCUACCCUGCUAGUGCUUGGGCAUGCGCGCUCUCUUUCUCUCUCAAAAUAAAUAAACUUUUUAAAGAUACAAAUUUAGCUGUCUCUCUCUCUUAAACUAUUUUAGUAAAACAGAUUUUGUUAUUUCUUCCUAAGAUUAAUAUGCAACUGUAUUAUACUAGAAGUAUUUAUGUGUAAUCUAAAAUUAUUCUUUAGUUUUAAGACAGUAUUUUUAUUAUUGUUAAGAUGGACAAUAAUUUGUCCUUAUAAAGCCUUUCAAAGAAUAAAAGCUUUAAUUGUGAAUUUAUCUUGAGUAGAAAUAUUCCAGAUAAGAAACUAAUAUAGUUCAGGGAUAUAUGUAGGGUAGUUUUUACUAGUAAUUUAGUAAUGUGUUUCUUUUUUUUCUUCUUUAGCAGUUACAAGAAGGGCAAUGGUGAUUUCUCUUGACUAAGGUUUAUUCCUUUGAAUAUAAAACAUUAUUUUCAGGACUAUAGCCAUAGGUUUUGGUGGUGGUGGUAGGGUUUUGAUAGACAUUUGCUGGAUAAGAUGCUCUUGACACCAGUAUAAAUCCAUUUUGUUUUAACAUUUCUAUAAGGGCAACAGAGUAUAGAAAAUAUACUCAUUGCUAUUUGGAGUACUUUGUGACAAAUCUGGAAUCUUUGCUCAUGCUUUUAUGUAGUUCCAUAACAAGGUUAUUUUUAAAACAGCAUAUAAAACUGAAAUUCCAACAUUAAUUGGAUUGACACUUUUAGUUGUAAUUUUACACCUCCAGUUGUAAAUCUUGAGGAAAUUGGCAUUAGACUUCAACAUAUCCUGUUUUCAGUAGGUUAAUGUUCUCAGUAUUAUAUCGUAUUGAGGAAAAGGAAAAGUAUUUAGUGUUUAAAUCUCUUCAGGGUACAUAACUUGAUCAUUGCUCUCUUGAAAAUCUUAGCCAUCAAUUACCAAUUCAAAUGUCUGUGCCCUUGGCUCUGUAAUCUCCCUGGCAUUGUUGUGUUAGAGCAUUAUUAUCUUUUACAGGGACAUUGUAAUGCUUCCACACUAUCCUUCACAUUACUGCUAGAUUAAAAUUUCUACAGGUUAGCUCUGAUCCUGCCAUUGCCAAACUUCAGUGUACAGAAUGAUUUCCAGUUGCCCAGUGUGUUUUCUUUGGCUUAACAUUUCAGUCAUGUUUUGGUGAUUUCAUCUUCUGUCUACUUUUUCAGGUUUAUCUCCCAUUCUUUUUUUUUAAAUUCCCAUUCAUUUCUUGGCAUUACACUAAGCCAAAAUGUUCCUUAAAUAGUCCAACGUUAAUAGUACUUUUACAAUUUUGUUUACACUGUUUUCUUUUUCAGAAAUGGCCUCUCCUUGUCUCAUAUUCAAAAUCUAUCAAAUGUUCUCAGUUCUAAUGACUUUUCCAUGAAGGCCUUCAAACCAAGUUUCACUUUGUUUCUUUUUUAUAAAGCUCAUUUUCUCUCUUGUAGUUCCUCUACAUAUUUGUUACUCCUUCUAUUUUUUAACUUUUCAUUUUGGAAAAUUUAAGGAAUACAAAGUAAACAGUAUGAUGUACCCUCAUGUGCCCAUUACCCAGAUACAGCAGGUAUCAUUAUGGCAUUCUUGUUUCAUUUAUAUCUUCCUCUACUGUCCAACAUCUGCUCAGUUAUUGUUAAUUCUUUGAGGUAAAAUUUACAUACAUUAAAAUUCAUAAGUGUUAGCUCUAUAGUGUUGGCAAUUAAGCACACACAUGAACUUCCCUUUACUUCCAUAAUACAGAAUAUUUCUGUCUCUAGAAAGUUUUUCAUGCUUCUUUCCAGUCAGUCUUCCUACUCUGAGGCAAGCACUGUUUAAUUUUUUUCACCAUAUAUUUGUAUCUUUCUUAUUCUUCCAGUGUAAAUGGAAUUAUGCAUGCUCUUUGUGUAAGGCUUCAUUUGCUCAGCAUAAUGUUUCUGAUAUUUAUCCCUUGUUAUUGCUUGUUAUUCCCAUUUUAUUUCUGAGUACUAUUGCCUUGUAUGAUUAUUCUACAAUUUAUCUGUUUAGUUAAUGGACAUUUGUGGUUAUUUUCAGUUUUUGGCUACUGUCAAUACAGCUGCUGUGGAUAUUUGCAUAUGUCUUUUUGUGGAUACAGUUGAUUCUCAUUAUAUGCAUUAGUUAUGUUCUCUAAAGUCACUGUGAACAUUGAAUUAGCUAAUACAGAACCAUUUCUUCUAGAAGAAAUAUAAGAUUAGGUUCCUUUGAGCCUCUGGUCACUGUAUUUUUGUCAAAUGAUCAAAAAGUAACCUUAUUUCAUGUGUGUUUCUGUUUAAAGCCACCUUAUUCAAUAUAUAUAUUGUUGAUUAACACUGAAUUCAUGUCCAACAGCACUACACCUCAUGUAUAUACAUGAAGUUUAUCUAAAAUGUAUUUUUCCUUAAGGCAUAUCAUAGCCUUCUAGCACUUUGGAAUAUAGUAGACUUGGAUUGCGAGUAACUUGUUUUGCAAGACGAGCAAACAUCUCUAAUAAAUUUUAACUUGUUAACAAGUGAUGUUUUGUAAUACGAGUAGUACGUGAUGCUGAAUGUCACGUGGUCACAGUUGAGCCAGUGGUUCUUCUCUCUCUCUCUCUCUCUCUCUCUCUCUGGAAUUGUGGGUGAUUAUCUGCCAUGCUUGGAUGCUUGAUCUCAGGUCGCAGUGUUUGGAGGCAAUCGAUUUUUCAGAACACUGGAAGGUGCCCACAACCAGCACUUGUGUGUUUUUUGUCAUUUCAAAGCACCUAUGGACAGUUCUUUGCUUUUCCAUACAGGAGUAAGCUUAGGAAUGCUUUGCUUCAUUCUAGGUCAGGCUGCCUGCAGAUAUAGACCCUUUCCUCUGCUGCCUUAUUGCCAGUUACAUUAAAUACAAUAUACGACAAGAAUUUAUUAAUACUGUAAUGUAGUCAACAUCCACGUGAGCGUAUACAAUGGCCCCGAUGCAGAAAAAAAUUGAAAAGAAAGGCAGUAAGAAGAAGGAGAUGAUUACAGUGGAAGUUAAGAAGGAAAUCAUAUUUCAUGAGAAAUAUGAACGAUGUAUGUGAGUGGCUGAAAUUGGAAGAUUUUAUAAGAAGUCUACAUUGACCAUUUGCACAAUAUUAAAGUAGAAAGAAGAAAUCAGAGGGCUAGAUGCAGCAAAAGGAGUCACGAGAAUAUCAAAGCAAUGGCUACAUGUUCUGGAAGAUGUAGAAAAGUUGCUUCUGGUUUGGAUAAAUUAGAAGUAAGUAGCAGGUGAUACUGUGACCAAGAACUUUAUCUGUGAGAAGGCAAAGGCCUCAUAUACCAACCGUGUAAGUAAACUGCCAGGUACGUCAACAGAAAACAAAGAAGGCUUCAAGGCAAGUAGGGGAUGGUUUGAUAACUUUAAGAGGAGAAGUGGCAUCCAUACUGUUGUGAAGCACAGAGAGGCCGAGAGUUCAGAUGCUAAGGCAGCUGAGGCGUUCGCUGCCGAGUUCCAGUAGCUCGUGGUUUCUGAGUGUUACCUGUUGGAGUAAGUUUUUAACUGUAAUGAAGACAGGGCUUUUCUGGAAAGAGAUGCCAAAGAGAACCUACAUUACAGGAGAAGAUAAUGAAAUGCCAGGUCACAAGCCCAUGAAAGACCAUCUCACCCUCUUGUUUUGUGCUAAUGCAAGCAGGGAUUUCAAAGUCAAACCCCUGCUCAUGUAUCAUUCUGAGAAUCCGCAAGCCCUCAAGAAACGCAAGGUGCAGAGGAGCCAGUUAAACAUUAUGUGGAGGUCCAACAGCAAGGCUUGGGUCACUUGUAUCUUGUUUGUUGAGUGGAUCAACGAGGUUUUUGGUCCUGCCACUCAAAGCCUUGCUGGUUAUGAAUAAUGCUCCUGCUCAUCCUCCAGGCUUUGAGGAUGACUUACUGGAGGAAUUUGAGUUCAUUAAGGUCAAUUUCCUUCCUCCCAACACCGCACCAAUCCUCCAUCCCAUGGAUCAGCAGGUCAUUUCGAACUUUAAAAAACUUUAUACCAAAGCACUAUUUCAGCAAUGCUUUGAGGUGACCUAAGGAACAAACCUUACUCUCCAAGAGUUUUAGAAAAAUCAUUUCCACAUUGUGAACUGCUUCAAGAUUAUUGAUAAAAGCUAGGAUGGGGUCACCAAGAGAACCUUUAAUUCUGCUUGGAGAAAACUGUGGCCUGAUUGUGUUUUUGGACAUGACUUAGAGGGGCUUGCUUAUGAACAGGCGCCGCCAGUUGUCUGAAAUUGUGUCCUUGGGGAAGACCAUGGGACUGGAGGUGAAUGAGGAUGCCAUUCAAGAACUGGUGGAGGAACAUGGCCAGGAGCUGACAACUGACAAACUGAUGGAUCUGCAUUGUGAGCAACAGCAAGUGGUUAUGGAGGAGAUCGCCUGUGCAGAGGAGGAGAAAAAAUGGUGAAGUGGAGGAAUCCCUCACUUCACAUGAGAUUAGGGAGUUGUGUAAAAUGUGGGAAACUGCAAAAUUUUGUAAAAAAACACCACCAAAUAAGGCUGUAGUAGUGCGAGUGAUUAAUCUGGUUAAUGACAAUGCAAUGUCACAGUUCCACAAAAUCCUCAAAAGGAGGCAAAAGUAAAUGUCAUUGGAUAGGUUCCUUGUUAAAGUUGCAUGAAGGAAAAAGAUUCCAUCAAGCCAACAGAUAGCAGUAAUUCCAUUAGUGAGAGUGAAAAUUGUCCUGCAUGAUAACCCUCUUCUCUCUCAUCUCCCUCACACUAGCCAUGAAGGUUUUCAAAGUGAGUGAUAGUUGCUUCAGGAAUCUUGCAGAAGAUCGCAGUGGGAUAAAUCUCAAAGAUCUCGUACAAGAUCCUUCUUUGUUGGGUGGGACUAUAUCAGCAUACAAGAUAGUACCAGAUGAAAUAGAAGAAAUCAAGGAAACCCUGAUAGAUUGGUGUGAUGAAAAGGAACUUAAUUUGAUAUUAACAACUGGAGGAACAGGGUUUGCACCACGAGAUGUCACUCCAGAGAAAUUCCCAACAUUCCCAUUUUGUGGGCUCCAGAAAGGGGCCACAAAAGAAGUAAUAGAACGGGAAGCGCCAGGGAUGGCCCUGGCAAUGCUGAUGGGAUCACUUAAUGUUACACCUCUGGGCAUGCUCUCUAGGCCUGUAUGUGGAAUCAGAGGUAAAACUCUCAUAAUUAACCUGCCAGGUAGCAAGAAAGGAUCUCAGGAAUGCUUUCAGUUUAUACUGCCAGCUCUACCUCAUGCCAUUGACCUUUUACGUGAUGCCAUUGUAAAAGUAAAGGAAGUGCAUGAUGAACUUGAAGAUUUACCUUCCCCACCACCUCCUCUUUCCCCUCCUCCCACAACUAGCCCCCAUAAGCAGACAGAAGACAAAGGGGUUCAAUGUGAGGAAGAGGAAGAAGAGAAGAAAGACAGUGGUGUUGCUUCAACAGAGGAUAGUUCUUCAUCACAUAUAACUGCAGCAGCCAUUGCUGCCAAGAAGCAUCCAUUCUACACCAGUCCAGCUGUUAUCAUGGCACACGGUGAGCAGCCCAUUCCUGGUCUCAUCAAUUAUUCCCAUCAUGCAACAGACAGUACAGAUGAACGGAUUCCAGAUUCCAUCAUUUCUCGUGGUGUUCAGGUGCUCCCACGAGACACAGCCUCCCUCAGCACUACUCCUUCAGAAUCGCCUCGUGCUCAGGCUACAUCUCGCCUUUCUACAGCUUCCUGCCCAACACCAAAACAAAUUAGACGGCCGGAUGAAAGCAAAGGAGUUGCUAGUAGAGUUGGAUCCCUCAAACUCCAUCGAAAGCUGGAGGAGCUCAGAGAUCACCUAGAAGGCAAUGUGAAAGGAUACUCUCUCAGAGUAAAUGUCCAGUCCAGGUGCAGCAGCAAGGAGAACAUUCUCAGAGCCAGUCACAGUGCUGUCGAUAUCACCAAGGUGGCUAGAAGACACCGCAUGUCUCCUUUUCCUCUAACAUCUAUGGACAAAGCCUUCAUCACAGUCCUGGAGAUGACUCCGGUGCUUGGGACAGAAAUCAUCAACUACCGAGAUGGAAUGGGGCGAGUCCUUGCUCAAGAUGUGUAUGCAAAAGACAACCUACCCCCCUUUCCAGCAUCAGUAAAAGAUGGCUAUGCUGUCCGAGCUGCCGAUGGCCCAGGAGAUCGUUUCAUCAUUGGGGAAUCCCAAGCUGGUGAACAGCCGACUCAGACAGUAAUGCCAGGACAAGUCAUGCGGGUUACAACAGGUGCUCCAAUCCCCUGCGGUGCUGAUGCAGUAGUACAAGUAGAAGAUACCGAACUAAUCAGGGAAUCCGAUGAUGUACGUCAUCACCAGGGCACUGAGGAACUUGAAGUACGAAUUCUGGUGCAAGCUCGGCCAGGCCAAGAUAUCAGACCCAUCGGCCAUGACAUUAAAAGAGGGGAAUGCGUUUUGGCCAAAGGAACCCAUAUGGGCCCCUCAGAGAUUGGUCUUCUGGCAACUGUAGGCGUCACAGAGGUUGAAGUUAAUAAGUUUCCAGUUGUUGCAGUCAUGUCAACAGGGAAUGAGCUGCUAAAUCCUGAAGAUGACCUCUUACCAGGAAAGAUUCGAGACAGCAAUCGUUCAACCCUCUUAGCAACAAUUCAGGAACAUGGUUACCCCACAAUCAACUUGGGAAUUGUGGGAGACAACCCAGAUGACUUACUCAAUGCCUUGAAUGAGGGUAUCAGUCGUGCUGAUGUCAUCAUCACAUCAGGGGGUGUAUCCAUGGGGGAAAAGGACUAUCUCAAGCAGGUGCUGGACAUUGAUCUUCAUGCUCAGAUCCAUUUUGGCAGGGUUUUUAUGAAACCAGGCCUGCCAACAACAUUUGCAACCUUGGAUAUUGAUGGUGUAAGAAAAAUAAUCUUUGCACUACCAGGGAAUCCUGUGUCAGCCGUGGUCACCUGCAACCUCUUUGUUGUGCCUGCACUGAGAAAGAUGCAGGGCAUCUUGGAUCCUCGGCCAACCAUCAUCAAAGCCAGGUUAUCAUGUGAUGUAAAACUGGAUCCUCGCCCAGAAUACCAUCGCUGUAUAUUGACUUGGCAUCACCAAGAACCACUGCCUUGGGCACAGAGCACAGGUAAUCAGAUGAGCAGCCGUCUGAUGAGCAUGCGCAGCGCCAAUGGCUUGUUGAUGCUACCUCCAAAGACAGAGCAGUACGUGGAACUCCACAAGGGCGAGGUGGUGGAUGUCAUGGUCAUUGGACGGCUAUGAUGGUCCCAGAGGGAGAAAGCUUUGAUGCAUGUCCACAUAUCAUUGACUGUAUCCUGUAAUAUGCAACGGCACAGCUAGUUUUUCUGAUCUGGAUAAAAGUUGAUCUGUAUAGUCAACAUCUUGAACUAUAUUUCAAAAGAAUUUAAAUACCUUUUAAAGAAAAAACACCUAAAAAUAAAUCUUAACAGACAACUCUAUUCUGAUUAUAUCAAAGCAAAUUUUUUCUUUCUUGCAAAUUGCUUUGUGUGUUCAAUGCUAGGUCUGAUAGCGAUAGCUUUUAGUAGACAGCAGUAGGUGCCUGCAGAACUUGUGUUUUUCUCAUCUUUAAAAUACAACUAAUUAUGCUCUUAAUCAAGGCUGUCUGCUUAUUUAUACUAGCGUAGGCAACACUUGGAUUUCCCUUCUUAGUAUGCUUCAUAACCGCUUUUCAGAGAGCUUUUGCUUGUUCUUUAUCAUGUAUCGUGUUUAUGUGCACAGUGCCAACAGAAGAGUGACCGGGUGGAGGCCCAGCCCUGCUGCAGGGAGCACCCUCACCUGCAGAGCGCCCGGGAGGCGCCUCACCCCGGUAGCCUCAUGGCACAGUACUCUGGGGCGGUAACUGGAUACCUUUUAUUUGAAUAAACAAACUGGGGGAAAAAUGCUUCCUUAAGUGCUGACAGCCUUUUUAACCAAUACAUUUAAAAUUGUACAGAACAAAAAAUAAAAUCAAAGACUGAUCUUGUACAGAUAUUAGUGUUACCAGCAUUCAUGUGGAAAUCAAAAGCAAAGAAAAAAUAAUGUUAAACAACUCUGUACCAUAACAUUUUCUGUAAUGAUACUGAAACUUAAUGAAUAAAAAAAAUCCUUGAUCAUUAUUUAAAAA